AUGGCAUCCCUCCUCAAAAGGCAUCUCAACACCAAUUAUGUCCCAUCAGAUAUAGAGCGACGGGAAAUCUUCCGUAUUCUCGAAGAACCUCAAACACGACUUUCAAAGAUUAAUGACGAGAUUGAGCGAAUGCGGGAGACACUCGAAGAAAUGAAACGCCAGCGGGACGAGCUAAGCCAGCACAUUGAUCAGUACCGCGCAUUGACAUCAUCUAUUCGGCUGCUCCCUCAAGAAAUCCUGUUGGAGAUAUUCGUCCAUUGUCUUCCCAAAGACCACAAUGCUUUCAUGUCAUCGCACGAAGCUCCCUUGCUUCUUGGGCGUAUCUGUAGCAGGUGGAGAUCGAUUUCGCUCUCAGCUCCAAAGCUGUGGACGACGAUUCACGUCCCUGUGCCAGCGCCAGCGGAGAUGCACCCCGAGCAGGUGAUUACGAAAGCUGAGCAUAUGGUAGCUUCAAAACGUAUGAUUGGAUUGCGAACGCGGGCGUUGCAAGAGUGGUUAAACCGCUCCGGAUCACUUCCUGUCGACAUUUCACUCAACCAAUGGGCAGAAUUGGUAGCAGCCAACUACGCAAAUUCGGCGCAGCCUAUCGUGGACGUAAUCCUUUCCGUGGCGCAUCGUUGGAGGAACAUUACCGUGGCAGCACCAGCUGACACGAUGGAGUCUUUCCUUUCGCACCCUCCCCACAAUCUUCCUUUCCUACAGUCCUUGAAAUUUAUUUUUGUAUGGCGGUGGCAGCCAGGUUUAAACAACCGGUAUCCGGAGUACAACAUCUGCACAGCACCCUCACUCCGAAAGUUAUCUUUUGACCAAUUCCAAGGCAACCCCCUGCGGCUUCCCGUAAACUGGGAACAUCUUACAGAUCUCAGCUUGACAUUUCAACGGGAGGUCAGUGGACAGCUGUCUUUAAAUCAAGCGGCGGAGUUGCUGUCACAAUGCCGACACCUUGUCCGCUGCAAAUUGGCGGUGGGCAGAAGUUAUCAAGCACAGGCUCUGGUUCAUCUUUCAGCAUUUGCACUUCCCUAUCUCGAAUGCUUGACUGUAUUUGAGGUGUCUGAUGCUACCAGUAUGUUCAAUUGCCUGGACCUUCCUGCAUUGCGUCAGGUUACAUAUUAUACCUGCGUUGCACCCCACUUGUCCCAGAGGUCCUCGUUAAUUACCCUCCUCAGCAAGUCAAAUGGAUCGAUUCGUGAAUUUACAGUAAAUCCUCAGCAAUUUACGAGGGAAGAGCUCAUCGAGUGUCUACGUCUCAUCCCCCACGCCACUACUCUUACUCUGGACAACCACACCGCCCGUCACAGACGUGCAAUCGGAGCCUAUGGUCGGAACCCAACAAUUUCGCACAAGGACCUUCUUGAGUCUUUUCUCCAAUCUACGACAGGCGGGCAUCCCCUUUGUCCCAAAUUGCAAGCCCUGCACGUUAGCUCCCAUCUCGACAUAUCGGAUGAAGAUUUGUUGGAUUUCAUUCUGGAGAAACAAAGCGGACUUGCAUCAAACGUUCUGCCUUUGAAGCGCCUCCAUAUACAUUUUCUACGGCCCCGGGGGAUGGACGUCGUGCCACAUCUUAAGGUGAUGAAAGGCUUCGACCUUCGGUUGUGUUACGCUGAACGAUCCAUGGAGACAUUGUUUUCACCAUCGGAGAUGGUUGACAUUCCCGAUGUCGAGUUCCCGUUUACUUGA